AUGGUCAAAUGGGGCAAACCCACCUCGCUUCCACCACAGAUCGCCAAGGAUACCAAAAAAGAAGACAUUACAAGCCUCUUGAGUGGCGGUGGUUCAAACAUUCUGAUGGAAGAUGGCACACUUGUGUUUCCACUGCAGACGAAGAAGGGAGAAAACAAAGUGGCCCCCAUGAUCAUGUAUUCGAAUGACGGAAAAACAUUGAGAGCUUUGAGAGCACCCAAGGUUGUGGAGUCGAGGGGCAUGAGCAGAACGUGGAAACGGGCUGUCGGGGCAAUAUCGCGCGUGCAGGAAAAUUUUCAGUCAAAUUCUUCUUACAGACGUUGUGUUGAAACAUCCAUCCUUCACCACUGCGACCAUUGA